AUGCAGUGUGGAUCCAAGGGGAAUAAACUUAUUUAUGAUGAUGUUCGUGGCAUCUGUCAGAUUUGAUCUGAGUAGUCAUUGAGAUUUCAAGUAAAGGUUAAAAAAAUGCAUAGAAGAGAACAAUCAGCUGAUUUAAUACUUAGUAGUCUUAAUCUGCCGCCGGAAAUGUCAAGAGCAUGUAAAGAAUGUGGUUGCACUUGUGAUUGUUGUAAUGGAUUUUCAAGUAAUUCAAGUCUGGACAUGCACCAGCAGAUCGAAGAAUUAGAGAGCCAGUUAAGAAAGAGUAAUAAUAGACUCUCAGAGAUCGAGCAUGAGUUAAUAUAUAGUAAAAUGGCUGCUGAAAGUGAAGUACUCAAACUGAGAGACGAACUUAACAAACUGAGGGAUCGAUAUGACAGAUUGUAUGAAAGUCACAAGAAAUUACAGAAAGUAAAUCAUAACCUAGAAGACAAAUUACUCAAAGUUGUUUCUGGAUUUGAAUCAGAAAAGAUGAGUUUACAGAGAGAAAGGUCCUCAGUGACAUCUAAGUUAGUUGAAGCAAGACUAGCUGUAACAGACAUGGAGGAAGAAAAUGAUCGUUACAGAACAGACUGCAAUAUAGCUGUUCAAUUGUUACAAUGUCGACCCUCAAAUUUUAUAUCUCAUAAAUUAAAUACGCUUCCCAUAGAAUUUCAAGAAAGAGUUAAGAAACACAUGACACAAGAACAAAGACUGAAUUGUGAAGAGGCUCCGAAAUCAGAUGAAUCAACAAAAUUAAUCCGUGUUCCUAUGCCAACAUUCCCGCCCACUGCCAUGGUGUAUUCUAUAAAUAAUCCUACUAAGGACGAGAAAAAGGAUGAGCCAAAUGGCACAGUACCAAUGAAUCUCAUUACCAAAGUAUUAACACCAAACGAACCUCGUCGUAAACCCCGUCGAGUUUACUUGUGUGUCAAAUGUAAUGAUGAUGUCACAUAUCACGAUAAAGAGGUGCAAGUUAAUGUGUCACGUGACUCAGUAAGUAACCAUAGUAACUCCCGAGUACAUAGACCUCAUGGUAGAGUACGUGCCAACUCUACAGAGACAGAUAUUUGACACAAGUAAUUUAGUAUUUUGGAUUGUGUACAUGUUAUAGAAUUUCUCCACUGAACACUGCAUUAAUAGAGAUUGAUCAAAGAUCGCUCAACCCUGGAAGGAUCACCUAAAAUAGAAAUACUCUUGAGUUGAUAUUUUUCUUUCUGAUGUUGUUGAACGGUUCCAGAAGUUGAAAAUAAUUGAAACAUUCUGAAAUUGUCAGAAAUAUACCUUAUCUUAAAUGAAAACUUUAAAGUUUUCUGAAAAAUAUAAGUUACCUUGCUAUAUAAAAUACAGAUAUGUCUUACAACCAAAAAAUAAAGAUUUAAACUUUUUUCAGAUCACUAAAUAGUAUCAAUAGGCAAAUAUUUAACACCUACUACAAACUAUUUAUAUUGGAUAGUAUUUUCUUUUAAGGACGUUACUUGAUAGAACAGUGUAGCAAGCAAUUGGCCAAGUCACCAGGAACAAUGUGAGCAUAUGUAGCAACAACUGUAUGGAAAAAAAGAGAAGAAAAUGUAUAUGAUGCAUUAAAAAAUGAAAUAUUGUCAUCGGUGCCACCAUACCCAUUUUUUUUCUCAUGUCAUCAGAAUGCGAAUAUAGUUGUUUGAUGUUUAUGGUGUUAUUUGGUGUUUCUUAAAGUUAAAUUUGGUAUCAAAAAGCUGAUCCAUCACGUUAGUAAUGAAAUUUGUCCUUCAGGUUGUUAUAUGGUGUAGAUAGGGUUAACAGAAUAGAGAAUAAUGUGUAGAAUAAAGGGCAAAAAAAUAUAGAAUAGAGAAUAAAGAGGUGCUAAAAUAUAAAGAAUAGCAUGAAUAGGGAAAAAUGGGCUGCUAAAAUAUAGAAUAGAGAAGAAUGGGGUGCUUAAAAAAAAAGAAUAAAAUUUAAUUGGCGAAAAAGAUGUGAAAUGAAAGACACCCCCCCACACAUGUUAGUAGUCCGAGAGUGGUCGCUGAUUAUUAAACUUGGUGAUGAACAGUGGCAAUUAAAUUAUAGAAUUGACUUGUUGUGUUUAAACAUUGAAAUUAUGACUUAGAUCUCUGUAUACUAAUAUGUGUUCCAAGAAGCAUUUUGUUUGGUUAAAUUUGUUUGCCAGUUUUACUCUUAAGCCAUGUCAGGAAGAAUGUGCCUGAGUGGUCUUAUUAGUUGAACUUCUGUAUCACUAACCUGUCAACACUGAGGUUGUGAGUUUGAAUCCCACACAUGACAAGUGCGUUUGACUCUAAUCUUAAUUAACUAGGAUUGCCAAUGUUCCUGCCAAAGGUUGUGGUUCUCUACAGGCACUACAGCUUCCUUUACCAAUAAACAUUGAUCACCAUGAAAUAGCCAUUAUCCCCGGCUUAGUAUAUUUCUAGGAUUCUGAUUGGUUAACGCACGUCGUUACAAAACCCAUAUCCCCUGGGUGUUGCUAACCCAUAUCCCCGGACGUUGCUACCCAUUACAUCGGGGAAUUUCACGCGCGUUUUCCUUAGUUCCAUGGUUGUUCCUUAUGAAAUAUCGAAUUCUGUAGAUUUUCCAUGAUGUCUGUAUAAUUAAAUAUUUAAUCCACUAACGAUUUUAUCUUAUUAUAUCGAUUAUUUGCACUCAUUUUAGUAAAUGCAUCACUAUGCAGCCACAUUGUCAAUGAAUGGUACUACUGACCUAGCUAUGCAAAUGACUCACGUUGUAGUCACACCGUUUAUGAUGUAACUCUCACAACAUUGCGCGCCAAAUUCGACCCAUUUCAGUUUCUCUGUCUCUAGUUUAAAAACGUCUUAUAUUUGUCUACCUGUAGGGUUCUACCAAAGGUAGUACCCUACACCCCGUUAAAAAUAUGUCAAAUUCCUAAAUUUCAAUAAAAGAUAUUUAAAAAAUGAAAAAAACGUUGCUUUCACGUUUAAUUUUGUGGUCGAAUUUCUCUAAAAAUCGCUAUAUUUAGACUAAGAGCGGGGAUAAAUUCGUUAUCUACGUUCAUAUCCGUAGAUAUGGAUAUUUUAACACCCUUCAGUACCCUGUACACCCUUCGGCUACGCCUCAGGGUGUACUUUGAUACUUCAGGGUGUUAAAAUAUCCAUAUCUACGGAUAUGAACGUAGAUAACUUAUAAUAGUGCUGAAAGUGGCAUUUUACACCAAUCAAUCAAUCACUUUAAUUUAAUAGCCCUGAGAUAAAGAUUUUAAAAAAAUCACCUAUUUUUGAGGAUUGUGUUAGUAAUUGCUUUGUAAAUAAAUAUAAGAAGAUGUGGUAUGAGUGCCAAUGAGACAACUCUCCAUCCAAGUCACAAUUUGUAAAAGUAAACCAUUAUAGGUCAAAGUACAGCCUUCAACACGGAGCCUUGGCUCACACCGAACAGCAAGCUAUAAAGGGCCCCAAAAAUGACUAGUGAAAAACCAUUCAAACAGGAAAACCAACCGUAUUGUUAGCCAAUAUUUGCAAAAGUUGGUGUCAAAAGGUAUUCAGAUACAACAAAUAGUUGCCAUAUUACUCUGGUUAAUUUUGUAAUUAUGUUUUAUUAACAUGGGCAAAUAACUGAAGUGGAUUGAAAAACUGCUUCACUGUUAUUCAAUCCUAUAAAAAGAAGAAUGUUAGAA